AUUUGCAAUCUAAAUCGCGCAACCAGAGUGUUAAAACAAGACACGCUACACUCAAGUGAUCGACCAUUAUGAAUCUAAAUUAAAAAUAAUAAUACAAAAAUAUUUGUGUAUUCGGUGUUAAAAUUAAAAAUAAUGACGGAACCAAUCCCGGGAACGUCCAACAAAAAGGAACUUCUCGACGAAAUAGUAAACAGGAAUAAGCUGGGAAAUAAAAAAUCUCAUUCGGAAACUUCGUUGCAACAAUACGGAGAAAAUGACGAUGUCUUCACUAUAGACGCGGGUCAGGAUCCUGGUGUCCUCAAUGCAUCUUUAACAAACUUACAAAAUGCAGACGACAAUCCAAAUCGAAAGCGGACCAUGUCCCAGCCAGGUCCUGUGUCUGGUAGCCUCUUGACCGCGUCAGCCGCCCGUGCUGCGAGGAAACGACCUCAAAAGAACGUCAUGUACGCCCCGGACCUAGAAAGAAGUGAAUCGACCAGUGAUAGGCUGCGGUCGAGUAAUGGUGGUGAUUCGGGUACAGCCACGCCGACAGGUGAAAGAGGUAGUCCACUUCCGUACAAUGGUUUGAAUAAUAAUUCAAAGAAUGGCGACAUCAAAUCAUUAAAUAGCUACCGCUUAUAUAUACCAACAAAUGACUUGAAAGGUAGCGCUACACCAAGGAAGCGUUCAGUGGCCACAAUGGACGCUCAGUCAAUCAGAUCUGUAGAGACGCAUGCACCGCCGCCCACCAAUCCAGAGGACAACAAAAAACAAACCAAGAAAUACAUUACGUUGAUAACGAGCUGUAUGUACGCAGUAUUAUUAGUGACGUUCGGCCUAAUUAUUUAUAUUGGAGACACGUUGGUCGAGCCCUCUGUUUCAGUGAUAUAUUCCAUCAUACUGUGUGGCAUCGGAUUCCUGUAUUUAAUAUUCUUAAUAACAGAUAUAAACAGGUACAAAGCACUCGCUUUAAAGAACCUGAAAAUUAAAGGGCUACACGAAGAAAAAAUCGCUGAAUUUUUUAGAAAACAAGAAGAAGAUUUCGGCGCGCCCGGUACUCCAGGCGACCGAACUCCAGAGUUUAAAGCACCGAAUUUUCGACCACCAACUCUUAUUCCCAUGCUACACCAGUACUGCUUCAGCCAGGGCCGGCAUUCAGGCAGUUUUUAUCUUAAACUCGGGGCUGCAGGUUUCGCUUUGGGCCAUUUGAUCCAUUCCGUUCUCCUCCUUGCUGUUCAGAUAGGACAUUUUUUGGACGAAGACGUAAACAAUGAUGAUUGCGUUAACAUACUGCAAGUUGUUCUCGACGUGAUGUUCCCGUUGUAUUGUUUCGUGCAACUUUACUUUAUAUUUAAAUAUUCGAAUGUCAUCAUUUUACGAUAUCAGAAUCUAGCUAGAUUCGCCUUCAUGCAUAUGAUCGGCAGUAGUCUUUGUUUCUGGGUGUCGGCCAUUGUACGUGAGACUAUCUUAGGGCUAACUCUGUACGCGAACAGUAUUUAUGGAAACAAUAAUUACAAUUAUGAAGGAUACUCGAACCCGACUGACUACGAGCUGUCAGCUAUACGUGAAACGAAUAGAUUUUUGAAUGUCAGCAAUCUAUUUAAUGAAGAAUGCAUUGGAUCGAAGGCGAUUUCAACUAUAUUUGAGAGCUUCUCACCGUACCUUUACCCGUUCAGCGUCGAAUUCAACAUUUUGAUCGUUGCUGUUUAUUUCAUCAUUUGGAGCAACAUCGGUAACUGCGACAAUGAAGAUAACGAGUCGGAAUUAAAUUCUACUGACGACGAUAAUACAACCAUUUGCAGAAUCCCAACAGCAAAUGAAGAAAACGAUUUUACCAGCAACAUUGUGAUUUACGCUGACUGUCACGCCUCCAACAAAGGACUAUUCGCAGGAUUGAUCCUGAUGGUUAUCAUCGCUGGAAUGCUCAUCAUUGGAUUCGUCUUCAGCAGCGUUGGCGAGGAAUUUUUGGAGCUCGGUUAUCUCCUGAAUAACUGUACAAAACUCACAUUACACACGUUGAUGCUGAUUGCUUCUUUGGUGACGUUGAAUCAACUGAGGAAACUGGAUAUCAACGAGCACCCUAUCUCUCUACUGGACGACGUUUUACUCUUUAUCUGCCUACCAGCUUUCUUCAUGGAAACAUUUUUCUCUCUGAUUGCUACAAUAAGCAUUUUGAACAUAGUUAAAACUAUCGAUUUUAUUGUAAUGUUCAUCCAAGUGACAAUUCAAACUCCGCUCAUAAUGGACGGGCUCCGUCGGUGCAGCAAUACAAAGAAGCUUCGCCGUUCAAAGCCCGGUCGGGAGCUGCUCAUGUUUCUGCUCAUCGCCAACGUGGGAAUGUGGCUGCUCUACACAUUCUCCUACAAGUCCCCGGAGAGCCUGGACGAGAGAUACGCUUUCUACGGAAAAGUGUUGUGGAGCAUCCUCGGUCACGUCAGCUUGCCUCUGAUCAUGUUCUACAGGUUCCAUUCGAGCGUCUGCUUUGCUGAUAUAUGGGAUUCGGCUUACAAACCCGGCUCGGAACACUAAAAGAAUUAGCUUUAACGAACUCGUGUCGUCAUUAUUAAGUUUCGUACGAAUUAGGGAAGCAUAGUCAAAGUUAAUAUUAAAUAUAUUUUGUUUAUUAUAAUUAAGGACAAUUAACAUUGUUAUAGUGAUAAAAAAGGUAUUUUAUAAGAUUUUAAAGAAUAAUGUAGUUGUGAAAAUGUAUAUAGUUCGGUGAACAAUAUCUUCCGCAAUUGAAAUGUACUUAAAAUAAAUCAAAUAGUGUAUAAAAUAGUGUAUAAAACUUUAGAAUAAACAUCUAAAACGCC